AUGAAUUGGCAGAGCAAUGGUAGAAUUCCUACAGCUGUAGAACAUGUGGAACUUAAAACAACUAUCAGCCAAAAUCAGUCAGAUUCUUCAAUACAAACAUCAAGACAGUUCUGUUGUACGGAGGCGAAUAUUGCAUAUAAGUGUAUAAUUUUCUUUGAGGAUUCUGCAAGUUUCGAUUGUUUACAGACCAAAUCGGAACUCUACAGAUCAUUGUGGAACAAUCAGCUGAACGGAAUUCGUCACUAUACAUCAACUUCAUUGACUACGAGAAAUCAGUUGACAGCGUCGACAGAACAACACUAUGGAAACUGCUUCGACGCUACGGCGUACGAAUAUGAAAGAUUUAAAUUAUUAUUAAAACAUAUUAUUUUAGCUACAGAUUUAUAUCAACAUAUUUCAAUCAUCCCGGAAUUCAUUCAAUUAUCUAAUGUAUCUUAUAAUCCAUUCAAUAGACGACAUCAUGAAUUACUUUUAUCUAUUCUAGUUACAUCAUGUGAUUUAAAUGAUCAAUGUAAACAUUGGUUAAAUACACUUGAUUCAGCUAAAUUCAUUUAUUAUGAAUUUUUUCAUCAAGGUGAUUUAGAAAAAUCAUGGAAUACAAUACCUUUAUUAUCAUCAUUUGAUAGAGAGAAAGCAUUUAUACCAGAAUUACAAAUACAUUUUAUUGAUUCAAUUGUUCUACCAUGUUUUAAGUCAGGAUUUUCAAUACAAAUGUCAAAACAGUUCUACUGUAUGGAGAGGAAACCUGGAGAACUACGAAAGUCAUCAUCCACAAGAUACAAGUGUUUAUUAACAACCGUCUACGCAAAAUACUUCAGAUCCGUUGGCUAGACACUAUCAGAAAUAACCUACUGUGUGAGAGAAAAAAACAGAUUCCAUUAAAGGAAGAAAUGAGAAAGAAGUGCUGGAAGUGGAUAGGACACACAUUGAGGAAUGUACUCAAUUGCGUCAGAAGACAAGCCCUCACAUGGAAUCCUCUAGGCCAAAGGAAAAGAGGAGAACGAAAGAACACAUUGCUUUGAGAAAUGGAAAUAGACAUGAGAAAAAUGAACAAGAAUUGGAUGGAAUUAGAAAAGUAGGUCGAGGACAGAGUGGGUCGGAGAAUGCUGGUAGGCGACCUAUGCUCGAUUAGGAGUAACAGGCGUAAGUAACGAACAGAAUCCAUGAAAAAUAGAG